AUGAAAAUGGCUCUUGGACCUCCAGUUUCAACAACAGCUUUUGUUGUUGUUUAUAAUCCAUCACAAUACAUUCAUAGUAUUACAAAUGGACAAAAUGCUGAACGAAUUGAAGCACUUAAACAUUUGUUUGAAUGUAUAACACAUUCGGAUAUUGAUCUUAUAACUUUAGGAGGUAUUUGGUUAUGUAUAACAGUGAAAUUCGUCUAUGUGCAUUUAAAUGUAUAUUAG